AUGUUGGCCUUCGUCUUCAAGUUCCUCGCCCUUUUAGAAAUGGCCUCCUUUCGAAAAGAGAUGGAAACGAACGAAGCUGAAAUACUUUCGGAAGUUUUUGACGAUAAUUCGUCAGACGUUCCUAGUGAGAACGAAGAUGCGGAUGACUCUUUUGAAGAUUGCGAGGAGGAUUCCAGUGACAGUGAAAUUAUUACACCUGUAAAGAAGAGUAAGCUGGCAGUGUUUUCAAGUGAUUCCAACACUGACGAAAAUAAUGAUAAUUGUUGGUCUGAAAAUGACAUACUACGACGCUUACAAAUGUUUGAGGGUCAUCCUGGGGUCACUACAUUUCCAUUUCAGUGUGACUCUGUGACUAAUCUCUUUUUUGGUGAAGAAUUAUUUGAAAUGUUUUGCAAAGAGCUGUGCAGCUAUCACGAUCAAACCGCAAUGAGACGUAAAACACCAUCCAGAACACUCAAGUGGUCUCCGGUUACACCGAAAGACAUGAAGAAAUUCCUUGGUCUAAUUAUUCUGAUGAGUCAAACAAAAAAAGAUAACUGCAAAGAUUAUUGGUCCACAGAACCCCUAUAUUUGCACAAACAAUGA